AUGGUGGGUAUGAAUGAUCAUCAGAUCAGCUGUUUGGUUUUGAGUGGGAAAUAUGGAUCAUCAUCACAUUCACACACCAGCUGCAACCUUGGACGACAUGAUGAUGUUGAGGAAACAGCAACACUCAACCACACUCAAAAUUCGGCGGCCAGCAGCUGCAGCAGCAGGCUCUCUCAUCUUCCGACAGGAGGAGAAGAUGAAGAAGAUCCAACGACUCUGAUCAGGGUGUGGGCCCAACAACAUCCUCCGGUCACCUAUUUGAUGGGCCCCAACUCGCUGCUCAAACAUGUCUUGCGAAACUACUGUACACGUAACUCUCUUCUCUAUGAAUCAAAGCGUUUCCUUUACAAUGGGAAUAGGGUUCGCCAAAACCACACUCCGGCCGGUUUGGGAAUGGAGGACGGUGAUGCCAUUGAUGCAAUGUCCCACAUGUUGGGUGGUGGGGCUGCUGUUACUUAA